AUGCGGUCGGCAGUUUUGAAUUCGGUGCCAGUAACUGCGAACUGUUGGAUUUUGAGACAGGAUGGACAAAUGGUAGCAAAUGGUGAAGUAUUGGGGAAGGUAGAUGAAUCUAUCGAUGAGGGUGACUGCAUUGGCGUUGCAUUCGAUCAUGUAGAACUCAAGUUUUACAAAAAUGGUGUAUUAUUGCCAUUGUCAAUCUCCAACAUUAAAGGACAGGUUUAUCCUAUUGUUUAUGUUGGUGAUAAUGCAAUUUUGGACGUUGCGUUUCGACUGUUUUCGUAUAAUGCACCUGAAGGCUAUGAGGAAAUCAUGGUGGAGCAGACUAUCCUUUAA